AUGGAAGCCAGUUCGCUAUAUAUACUCAGCAAGGAAUGCAAACCUUCCCUCUCGCACUACGCACAGCUACUAUUUGGUCGGACCUUUUCCUUGUUCAAUUCAAUUCAAUUCUAUUCUAUUUUAUUCUUGUUACUCUUAGCUCCCAUCUCUUUGAACAACAAGAACCAGAUAAUCAUGUCUUCUUACUCUAACUUUAAAUUGGCUACUGAAUUGCCAGCUUGGUCUAAAUUACAAAAAAUCUACGAUGCUCAAGGUAAGACUUUGAACGUCAAGGACGAAUUCCAAAAGGAUUCUAAGCGUUUCGACAAGUACUCUAAGACUUUCACCAACUACGAUGGUUCCAAGAUCAUGUUCGAUUUCUCCAAGAAUUUGGUUAACGACGAAGUCUUGUCCACUUUGAUCGAAUUAGCUAAGGAAGCUAACGUCACUGGUCUAAGAGACGCCAUGUUCGCCGGUGAACACAUUAACUCCACUGAAGACCGUGCUGUCUACCACGUUGCCUUGAGAAACAGAGCUAACAAGCCAAUGAAGGUUGACGGUAAGGAUGUCGCUCCAGAAGUCGAUGCUGUCCUACAACACAUGAAGGAAUUCUCUAACCAAGUCCGUUCCGGUGAAUGGAAGGGUUACACUGGUAAGAAGAUGACCGAUAUCGUUAACAUUGGUAUUGGUGGUUCCGAUUUGGGUCCAGUUAUGGUCACUGAAGCUUUGAAGCACUACGCUGGUGACUUGAAGGUCCACUUCGUCUCCAACAUUGACGGUACUCACAUUGCUGAAGUCUUGAAGGUUGUCAACCCAGAAACUACUUUGUUCUUGAUUGCUUCUAAGACUUUCACCACCGCUGAAACCAUCACUAACGCUAACUCUGCUAAGACUUGGUUCUUGCAAAACUCUGGUAACGAACCAGCUCACGUUGCUAAGCAUUUCGCUGCUUUGUCCACCAACGAAACUGAAGUUGCCAAGUUCGGUAUUGACACCAAGAACAUGUUCGGUUUCGAAAACUGGGUCGGUGGUCGUUACUCCGUCUGGUCUGCUAUCGGUUUGUCCGUUGCUCUAUACGUUGGUUUCGACAACUUUGAAGCCUUCUUGAAGGGUGCUGAAGCCGUCGACAACCAUUUCACUCAAACCCCAUUGGAAGACAACAUUCCAUUAUUAGGUGGUUUAUUGUCCGUCUGGUACAACAACUUCUACGGUGCUCAAACCCAUUUGGUUGCUCCAUUCGACCAAUACCUACACAGAUUCCCAGCUUACUUGCAACAAUUAUCCAUGGAAUCUAACGGUAAGUCUGUCACCAGAGGUAAUGUCUUUGCUAACUACUCCACUGGUUCCAUCUUAUUCGGUGAACCAGCCACUAACGCUCAACAUUCCUUCUUCCAAUUGGUUCACCAAGGUACCAAGUUGAUCCCAUCCGAUUUCAUCUUGGCUGCUCAAUCUCACAACCCAAUUGAAAACAAACUACAUCAAAAGAUGUUGGCUUCCAACUUCUUUGCUCAAGCUGAAGCCUUAAUGGUCGGUAAGAACGAAGAUCAAGUCAAGGCCGAAGGUGCCACCGGUGGUUUAGUCCCACACAAGGUCUUCUCUGGUAACAGACCAACCACUUCCAUCUUGGCUCAAAAGAUCACUCCAGCCACUUUGGGUGCCUUGAUUGCUUACUACGAACACGUCACUUUCACUGAAGGUGCCAUCUGGAACAUUAACUCUUUCGACCAAUGGGGUGUCGAAUUAGGUAAGGUCCUAGCUAAGGUUAUUGGUAAGGAAUUAGACCAAUCUGGUGCCAUUGCUUCUCACGAUGCUUCCACCAAUGGUUUGAUUAACCAAUUCAAGACCUGGAUGUAA